AUCAGGUUAAUUAAUCAGAUAAACGAGAGGAAUGUUUACCAAUUGUCCCUCGUUCUUCCGGUUAUCAAGAUGUUGGACGCGUUCAUGUCAAGGAAACAUAAUCUCUCCUCGGAUGAAUUUUGUCUGGUAUUGUUUAUGAGAGAGAAAAUCGAUGAGAAAAAUUGCAAAUCCUAUUCUAAAUCGUUGAAGUAUCUCAUCGACGAUGUUAAAGAGAUUCAGGUACCGCCAGAAUCGUUACAUUACGAGAUCGCAGAAUUAUUCAUGACCAUAGUUCGAUUUGAAUUUCCUUUGAGAAUUGCAUGCGAGGAUUUUUUAAAGCAAAGGCUCUUUUACAAAGGAAACCAUGAUUUAAGCGAAAUAAUGGUGAUUACAUAUGUCCUAAUCUUUCAAAUAUCUUCCUUGGCCAUUAAAAAUACCAUGGAUUUCUUCGUUCAUUUUAAAAUCGACAGAAUAUUGAAUUUACUAUCUUAUUUGCUUCGCAAAGAAACAUUGGAUUUGUUUUAUACGAAGAGUUGCGAUGUGUUCGAAGAAAGUUUCGUCCAUGAAAAGAUAUAUGAACCUUAUUUGUUGGCCUUACCACGUUUGAAGGUCCAAUUUAAAUAUGCGUUGCGAAUUUAUUUGAGAGAGGAAAAGCAACGUAUGAUGGCGAUACCGAAGCAAGAAACAACGAAACCAAUUUUUAUGAAAGUUCUUAAUCAUGUGAAAAGAGCAACGAAAUGUCCACCACCGACGCCAGAAAAUCUUACGAUGAGAAAAUCACCUCGGAAGAUACCAAACUCGAUUUACUUUUCAUCGUCCAUAGAAGAGAGAUUGAACAUUCUGCGGGAAGCUAACAAAUAUCAAGCAUUGCGUUUGUUAAGAGAAGCGAAUAAAAAUGCACCUGCGUGCUCGAGGAAACGUGAGAUUAAAUUAAUCGACGUAGAACAAAAAAUCGAGAAACAUGAUGGUUACCUGAAAAAACGCCUACCAAUCUUCAAACCGGUCGAAAUUAAGCAAAAUGCAACUUCGAUUCUCCGCGAAUGCGCACGAAUAGCCAACGAAGAACUAAAGGAAGUAUCAAAAAUACAAAAGUUGGUCGAAGGUUACUUGGAUCCGGAAUCGAUAGAAAAAUUAAACGAGGAGAGGAAACAACGUGAAAGAGAAGAGGAGAUAAACAAGAUUGAAGAGAAGCAUUUGAUAGCUUUGCUAACACGAGAAGGUGCUUAUUUGGCAAAGAGAUCUUUUUUGAACGAGAACAAGAGUUAUGCUCAGAAUGUUCGAGAGGAGAAAAAAGAGUUAUAUCACAGAUUAGAGAAAUUGAGAACAGAGCAAAAGAAAGAAGCAUUGGAGAAUGUUGAAAAAUGUCGGGAACUCGAACAAGCUUCUAGAGAUGCUUACGAUUCUAUGAUCGACGAGAAACGUCAAAAAGCUGCCGAGGUAUCCGAAAAAUCUCGACAAUUGAAAAUGUUACUGGCUAAACAAAAGGCGGAAGAAAUACGGAGGAAAGGUCAAUUAAUUAAAGAGAUCAAGGCUAUUCAAUCAUUAAGAUUGGCUACUAGGAAUAAGGAAUUUGAUCCUACGGAAACAAGUGGUUUAGGAUUGUUAUGUGAAAUGUCAUUAGCCGAGUUGAAGGAACGAUUAGUUUUGGUGAAAAUGAAAUUGAACGGGGAAUUGGAAAAACGUCAGAUUGUCAUUCAACGAGAACGAGAAAGGCAAAAGAAUAUAGUCAAGUAUAGUAAGAUCGCACUGGACGAAUACAAAAGCGCUAAGUUAGAUAUCAAUAAUAAAAUUUCAUUCGAUCGUACGAAUAUAUUAUUAACUUUUAACUAUGGUAAUCAGUUCGAAUCUGGUAGACGAUUGAGAUACGGAACGGCCAUGACGCGAAUAUCUGAUAGAAUAUCUAAACGCGUAAAUGGAAAAGCAUCGAAGGUUACUUCCGUUUCUUCUCAAGUAUUGAAACUGCAAAAAAAAUUGGAAGAAAGGAGAGCGCUGAGAACGAAAAUAUAAAGAUAUUUAAGAGAAAAAAAGAGAUCAGAAGAAAAUAAAAAAGAAGAUACAAGAUUGUAUUCGAUCCAAGAAUCAUUGAUGAUGUAACUGGUAAAUAAAUGCUAUGCAGUAUGAUUUAAUAAAUCGUGCUUAUCUAACUUGUCACGAAAAAUGAUUAUAUCAUGAUAGCGUUGAAAAACAUUCGUGAGAGAUCUAAUAAAAGACUAGGUUAUGAAAUUCGUCCGUGUUCUCUAUCAUUCGAGAUAUAAUUCGUUGAAUGAGACAAGCCAGGAGAGAUGUAAAUAAAACAGUUGCGUGUUAAAUAAGUGUGAUAGAUAGUGGUACACGGAAUAUCAAUCAUUGCCUGGCGAACGAUAAUUAGUCAAUUGUCGAAUUUAAGAAAGAA